GCCACUUUUCAACUCUGGCUUUUGCUUUCAGCACAAGCAUUGCUUUCCUUUGUUGCUUCUCUUGGCAUUGUUUUUGUUGACGAUGGCGUCCACAGUCAAAGCAGCAAGUAGCAGCAAUCGUCUCGAUGUCGAGGCCGGGAGGUCCAAUGUGAGCGGCAUAGUCCUUCACGUGGGUGGUCCAACGAGCAAAGACGCCACUGCAAACGAAGUGGCCGCGGACAUGGCUCCACGACGAAAAGGUCAACGAGCCAUUUGGAUUCUGUCCUUCACCUACGUCUUGCUAGUUCUUUCAUUGUUUAUCGUUCCACGACAAGUAUCCAAGAACUCAAAUGACGGCUUCGCUGGUUUGGCCAAUGGUCUACUCCUGAUUUUCACUUUCGGCGCGUCGUCUCUCAUCAUCGCCACCGCUGCUUUGAUUUUUACUCUCCGACGCUGGGAUCAAGUUUCAAACUGCACAAGGGUUGCUGGAUUGUUUCCUGCAAUUGCAUCUGUGGCGAUUGUCAUUGUACUCACCAUCAUCAUAGCUCUUGACAAUGACAAUGGAGAAGACGGAGACGUUGCAGUCCCUCUUUGCCCUGCUGGAAACGAGACAUGCCUUACGCCAAAGAACCAAACCUUUGAAACCGAUGAAGUCAUUUCUUCGGACAACUUGUAAUUGCGGUCAAGCAACAAUCGACUCCAUACAGUCUUUCGUCGGAGUCGGGAAUAUUCACAAGCUGUAAAGUCGAGUCGAAAUGGGGGGAAUCAAAAGACUGUCACUCAACGACGGAGUCAUUCAUCACGCGACUACAAGGCAAUCGACUACCGGUACAAUGCAAUCAACGAGAGCAGAUUUAUGGAAUGACGGAUCCAAUCUCGCCCCAACAGGAGAAAUCUUAAUAUUUCAUAGCAAUGCUGAACUCGAUUUCUUUCCUUUCAAGGUGACUUCGUAAUUGUACGGUAGCGAACAAGAUUUAGACAGAAAGCAAGUUACCAGUAGUCACCAUUGCACAGGGAU